CUUUCACUUCACCUCUCAAAAUGACUACAGCUCAUCGUCCCACCUUCGAUCCGGCACAAGGGAAAGAAGCCCUCCGUGGUCCGGCUUACCACCAGCGACUUCUCUCAGCAUACACACAUCUGAAAGUCCGACAACCUGGACAGGGUGGUGAUGCCGAUAACGACGUCCGCGACCUGCGCGCAGAGCUCCUCCAGGCCGAGGCUGCCCACUUCGCGAAGAAGAACGGUGUCCCCGUCGAUGGACAAGCUGCCGCCGAGCCGAAUGCCCCGAAGCGACAACUUGAAUCUGCGCCCGCGGAUGGCGAUGAAGGCGGCGAGGCAGAAGAUCCCGAAGCGAAACGAAGGCGGAUUCUAGAAGAGACACGCGAUAUAGAUGCGGACUCUGACGGGUCAGAAGAAGAGAGCAGCGACGAGGAAAGUGACGAUGAGGACGAGUCAGCCGAGUUAAUGCGCGAGCUGGAGAAGAUCAAGAAGGAGCGACAGGCACAGAGAGAGAAAGAGGAACAAGAGCGGGCCGCGGAGGAGGAAGAACAACGCGUAGUCGAUAUCGCCCGGGGCAACCCUUUGCUUAACUCGCAAGAUUUCAGCAUGAAGCGACGAUGGGACGACGAUGUCGUUUUCAAGAACCAGGCUCGGGGCACCGAGAAGAAGGAUGGCAAAGAGUUUGUCAACGACUUGCUGCGCUCUGAUUUCCACAAGAGAUUCAUGUCGAAAUACGUUCGCUAAACGUGUCAAUCUGAAACACCCACUAUGUCAAAUCGAAGCUACACGGUAGCGUGAGCCAUCGGCUCAAUCAAUCGGCUCAAGAUACCCAUGGCGCAGAAGGCGCUUCCAUGUCAAUCAGAGGGCACUGCUAAAGAGACCUUAGCAAGACAGCACGAUGCGUCUAAUAGUUGUUAC